AUGGCGUCGCAGGCCGGCUGGGGUCCCUUUCUCCCCCGCUCCUCCUGCCUCAGCUGCUCCUUCGCCUCCUCGGGCUUAUCCGCGCUUGUUCCCGUAUCGCCUUACCUGGGAUCAGCCGAGCCAGUGGGCCGUGGCUUUGAAGUGGCGGUGCGGUGCCCGUGGACCCUCGCCGUCUGUGCGUCAAAUGCCAGCCGCAGCCCCGGCUCGCCACGAGGGCCUCUAAUGAAAAACAAGACAAAACAGGAGCCAUCAGGCCCUACUACCAGGCUCCGGGCUGCGCACUACCUCACUGACGGACACAGCAGGGAGCCCGGGAGGAGGGAACCGGGACGGGGCUGGACUGGCCGGGAGAACCCGCUCUGGCCCUCUGUGGACGGCCCCCUGCGGAGGGACCAGUGCAGAGACCCCUGCUCCACGUGCUCGGCCUGUGGGAAGGGGAGACGUGAGCCGCACACGGUCCCCAGAGAGGAAGUCCCUCCCCGUCAUCAGAUCCCGGCUACGGGCAAGCGCGUCUGUGGCUCCCGGCGGGCAGGCGUCUGGGCCGAGUUUCGCCGGGUGCGCGGGGGGCCGGAUGAUGCCCGUGUCAUGGAGCCGCUGCGACUGUUCCCUCUGCCCGUUCAGCCUGAGGUCCACCCGGCUGAGUCAUGGUCCCCAGCCGGUGUGGACAUCCCAACACUGACCGUCUCGCGGCUGACUCAUAUUGAUGCAGUACUCAGCACCAGCCAGAAAGCCGCCCACCCGCCCACCCUGCAGGGACGUCUCCUCACCCCGCUCGGACAGGCCCAGCCCGGGGUGGUGCCGGAUCCAGCCGCUGUGGUUCCGGCAGAAACAGGCCAGCGCCCAGCCCGCCCCAUUGACAGCCUGCGGCCGGCGCGGGGGCCUGGCUCCGCACUGCAGCACCCCGGACAAGCUGCCAUCUUCUCGGUCCUGGACCAUUUUUACUUUUCAGAGGGGGAGUCAGGAUCCAGUCUCCGCAGAGACGCAGCGGAGCUGGCUGAGAGCGCCUCAAAUACGGGGUCUGUGGAAAAUGACCCUCAGCUCAUGUGCCACUUUCUAAAGCGCUGCAUUUCCCUGAGAGAAGCUGAGUCUCCUGAAGCAAGGCCGGAUCACGAGCUACGCAGAGGGGGUUCAGAUCAGUUUGCUGGUGUCCUUUUCGGCGGUCUGGAUCUCCGGGGCCGGCUCGAGUGUCUUGGCAGCGUCCUGAGACGACGCGGCCCCGGCGGUGUGUCGGGAGACGCUGCCCGGCUCUGCUCCGCGGCAGGACCUCGGCGCAGAGGGGCUGCGGCAGGUGGGAAACCGUGCCAGGCGCUGGCUCCCACCCGGUGGAGGCUCAGUCUCAGGCACAAUGUGACGGCCAACAUCAGCAGAGGGCUGCAGGCUCGGAGGGGAGACCACGGGAGGCCGGGGUCCACGCCUCUGAGAGUCUCCAGACCCAGCAGGACGCGGCUCGCUUUGGAGCCGUGCUCCGGCCAGCUGGGACUGCACGUCCCUGGGCGCCUCUCCUCUGCGGGCAUCUCCCGCUGUCCUGGUCUCCAGGAGCCAGCGGCUCCCCGUCUGCCUCUCCCACUGGAGGUGCCGCUGUCGCCCUACCGACUAGCUCCUGAUGGCGUAGACCCAAGGCGGAACCGCCCUGGGACACUCUUUAUCGAGUCUGCGGCCUGGGUCCCUGCUCUCAGGAGAGUGUCGGUGCAAAAGAGACGCCGAGCCUGGACGCCUCUCAGGGGCCGAGCGCUGCUGGCCCCUGGGCCCCGGGCCCGCCUCUCCCCACUGCAGGGCUGGGCGCCUGGGGGGCCACUUGCACCCAAAUCCGAGCGCGGCAACCUCCUGAUGGAGGCGGGAGGGGUGCUGGGGUGGGGCAGGAUGUGGGCUGGGGAAACGCCCGCCAGGAGGUGGCCCCACCACCCAGGAAAUAGAGAUAUUGGGAAGCGGACUGUAGUUCUUUGUGUGACUUGUACAAGCAAACGACGCAGAAGCUGUGGGCCGUGCCUAUGCGGGCCCCUGAAGCGUGUCGCCGCUGAACCGAUCGCCGAGACACCAGGAGGCCUGCAGAGCGUGUCUGAGCCCCUGUCGCUGGCGUCAGCACCGCUGCGCGUGCUGGCGGUGCCCCUGCUUCCAGGCUGGUCGUGGCGUCCUUGUGGGUGGAACCGGGCUCACUGGAUCCAGCGCAGCAGGAGAAACACAGACGGCCACUCUGGGCGGGCGGUCUCCAUCUGGGUCCCUGCUCUGAGCCCGAGCUGCUCAGUCCCCACCAGAGAGAGGCCAAAGGCUGCCAGCCUGUCUGCGGUCCAGCUUUGGGCCUUCUGCCCACGGGUCAAACCUCCGGCCGCUCAGCACACCGUUCAGCCCACCCCCUCAUGA